GAAGAGGAGCUUCCAGCUGUGCCGAGAGUUGUUUCAAGAGCUGUGCCAAAGGAGAAGGGGGAGAAGAAAUCCUGCAAAAAAUUGAAAUGUUGAUGGUGCUAAAAUUGUUCUAGAGGUAUCACAACUGGGAAAAGCAAAAAAAGCAGAAGUGGAGAAAGACACAAGGAAACAUGAUGGGAAACAUUUGUCAGAAGCACUGCGCCUGUUUGAAGUCUUACAUCCCGUGCUUAUUCUCAAGGAGAGACAGUGAGCAGGAUGAGAAAGUCGGCCAAGUCUUCGCCAACCUUCCUGUGGUAAAGAAUGAGUUUGAAUCAGGACAGAAUGACAGAGACAGUAAGAUAAAAGAGAAACCUUUACCUCCACUGCCUGGACAGCAUCUGGUGAAUAUUUGCAAAUUUGUGGCACUCUUUGACUAUGAGGCUCGCACUGAGGAGGACUUGAGCUUUCAAGCCGGGGAUAAGCUUGAAGUGUUGGAUGCAUCCCAUGAGGGCUGGUGGUAUGCGAGGCUCCUCCUGCCAACAGGGUCAGUCUGCUCUGGCCGCAAGCUCCAAGGCUACAUUCCUGCCAACUACAUAGCUGCUGACCAGAGCAUCGAAGCUGAGCCAUGGUUUUUUGGCCCCAUCAAACGAACAGAUGCCGAGAGACAACUGUCAUAUCCUGGAAACCAGGCAGGAGCCUUCCUAAUCAGAGAAAGUGAAAGUCUAAAAGGGGAAUACUCACUUUCAGUUUUUGAUGGUGUAUCUGUGAAGCACUACAGAAUCAGAAAGCUGGAUGAAGGAGGUUUUUUCCUAAGCAGAAGGAAAACUUUCCAAACUCUGAAUGAGUUUGUUGACUAUUACAGUAACAACAGUGAUGGCCUCUGCGUGGUGCUCGGAAAGCCGUGCCUAAAGGUACAAAUUCCUACUACUUUUGAUUUGUCAUAUAAAACUGUCGAUCAGUGGGAGAUAGAUCGACAAUCGCUGAAAUUGCUUAAAAAAUUAGGAUCCGGUCAGUUUGGUGAGGUAUGGGAAGGACUGUGGAAUAAUACCACUCCUGUGGCAGUCAAGACAUUAAAACCAGGUUCAAUGGAUCCGAAGGACUUUCUGAGGGAAGCACAAAUAAUGAAGAGCUUGAGACAUCCAAAGCUUAUACAGCUUUAUGCUGUCUGUACUUUGGAGAACCCAAUUUAUAUUAUUACUGAGCUGAUGAGAUAUGGAAGUCUUCUAGAAUACCUUCAAAAAGAUGCAGGCUCCCAAAUCUUCCUGCCACAACAAGUAGACAUGGCUGCUCAGGUGGCUUCCGGGAUGGCUUACCUUGAAUCUCAGAACUAUAUCCAUCGGGAUUUGGCAGCCAGGAAUGUUUUGGUUGGUGAGCACCAUGUUUGCAAAGUUGCAGACUUUGGACUUGCAAGAGUUUUUAAGGUAGAAAAUGAAAACAUAUAUGAAGCUAGGCCUGAGACAAAACUCCCAGUAAAAUGGACAGCCCCAGAGGCAAUCCGCUACAACAAAUUCAGCAUUAAGUCAGAUGUCUGGUCAUUUGGAAUACUUCUGUUUGAAAUAAUCACCUACGGGAAGAUGCCUUAUGCUGGUAUGCCAGGACAGCAGGUGAUCCAGAUGCUGGACAAGGGGUACAGACUUCCUCAGCCAGAGACCUGCCCGGAGCCAUUCUACCAGCUGAUGCUGCAGUGCUGGAGUACGGAGGCGGGUGAGCGGCCCACCUUCCAGGUCCUCUGUGACAAGCUGGAGUGCUACUUUGAGACCAACACCUACUCCUACGCCCACGCCCAUGCUGUGGUGAGAUGAAUCCCAGGCCAAUGCUGAGGGACAGAUGCUAGCCAACAUGGAUGAAGGGAAUGGGGCUGUGAAAUCAGCUUAACCUCAGAUGUGGAGGUUAUUAGGGGAGGGCUGAGCAAUUCUGGUGCAUUUUCAUCCCCAUGCUGAUAUGCAAAGACAUUUAAACUUUUUGCUGCUGGCAAGUGUUUUGUAAGAGUAAGCAUCAGGAAGCUGGUUGGGUGGAAGCUUUCAAAAAAAUAAAAUGCCUUCUAUUUAUUUUUAAAAUAACAGAUUGUAAGAAUGAACAAAUGAAAUGAGUGUUUCUCAAUAACCAUUGUAGAAUUUUGUCUCAUCUGUAUUGGAAUAAUUGCCAUUCCUUAGAUUUUUUUGUUCCUACUAGGUUGUUCUCAUGAAGGAAUGUGAUGGCUCUGCACAGCAGGAUCUGUGCUUACUGAGUCCUCUUAUGGUAAAAAAAAAUAAAUAAAAAAAAAAUCCAUGACUGUGAUGAUGGCAGAAUCACAAUUAAUUGCCUUGCUUAGACUUGAAGUACAUAUGAAUAAAACAGAUGUUCAUGGGAGAAAAGGAAUUCUUUUGUUUGGUGGAUGCUGAGUGAUCUUUUUUAGUUUGUCUACUGUUCCUCUUCUACAAGAA